AUGGAAGUUGGAUAUUGCAAAGAAGACCACUCUGGGCUACGCCCUGAGCCCUGGGCCCUGUGCAAGGUGCUUUCCGUGAUGCUUACCCUUGCCCUGUAUGUUUUCCUUCCCCCAUUCUACAGGUUAGAUAACCAAGGUUCUCAGAGGUUAAAAACUCAUUCAAGAUGCCAAAGCUCCUGAGUGGAUGGUUUGGUGCCAAAGCCAGCACUGUUGGCACCAGCCCACCCGGCUAGCCUUGAGCACUUAAUUCUCUCAACCCUUCACCAUCUUCUUGUGUUUUCCAUCUUUGACCCGGAGCAGAUGUUCUGUGUAGCUCAUGAGACAGAGUGCAAAUUCAGUUAAAGCAUCGAGAGGCACAAGAAGGAGAGGCAUCUUAGGACACUCAGCCAGGGCUG